AUGUGCUUAAAGGAUUUGAGCGACAAAGCCGAAGCUGCAUCGAAAACAUAUGAGGAGCAUUUGCAGAAUGUUGCUGAUCGCGUGGUGCAGUAUCAGAAUUACUUCAAGGUAUCCAGCUCAUUUCCUUUUCUUUCAAAAAAUGCAUUUCUUUUCCAAAUCUUGACAAUACUCACAUUAAAAUGCUACUUUUUCAUCGAAGUAAUAAUGCAGCUUAUGUUAAAAUUUUCGAAGUAUGAAAAAUACCUAAGACCAAUUGGGCAAUCAGUUCAAGAGAUUACACUUAAGGUUGCAAGAGAUUUUGGCAAAUCUGGAAACUGA